CGGGGAAAUUGCGUGUUGCGAAUCGAAGAAAGUAGGGAAGUAAAGUGUAUGCAUUACGAGCCUGUAGAAAUAAAGUUGUGCAGGGCAAUUGGCGCGAUAAUUGAUAAUUUCUCAUGAAGUUUUGCAAAUUCGGUGUUGUUUGUAAUGUGCUGAUGUAUCUUAUGUAUGAAUCUACUUCUUCUAGUGUUGAUUAUAAUAUUGCGAACUUGAUGUCUUCUUCUCUGCUGGUUUAUGAAAACGUCUGCAGCAAAACGAAGUGAAGUCUAACCUAAAAUGGAAGUGACGACUAAUAACAUGUCUUGUAGAGAAAUUCUCUUAUGGAGAGCAACUGCAGCUGUAUUUUGGAGCUUCGUUCUACACUCAGUGAUCUUGUUCAUGGUCUUGUUCAUAAUGAAUUUCAAUCUGUGGCAUCCUUUCUUGUGGAUUGAACAGUGUGCCGGCCUCUGUUUGUCUUGGGGAACUUGGUUGUACUUGUUUCCUCUUGGUCUGGUAAUUUGUGCACAAGGUAUAGUGUGUUGCAAAGAUUUUAUGGUGGUCAGCAGAUACUGUGGAACUCGAUUUGCCAUUUUUUGUAAUAUGGUCUCACCUCAUGCCUUGAUAAUGGGCGCUUUGUACGCUGUUAUUAGUGGAUGCAUCACUUGGAUAUAUGUGUCUCUGGUCGGAGGAAAGUAUGGGAAGAUUGCUGCUCUGUGUAGCAGUGAUGGUAAUAAGACUUGUUUAAUUGAAGGAUAUUUGUUUCUAAUGUUAAAUGGUUUUUGGAUUGGUAUCUAUUUCUUUGUACAUGAUUAUAUUUUUGGCCCAAGAACUUUGUUGUUCCCAGUAAUUCAGCAGUUGAAGUUCGUGCAGGUAAAAGCAGAAUUGCAACCACUCAUAAAACAAGCAAUGAUUGAUGCUGUUUCACCAACCAUAUAUUUCACUGUAAUGUAUUUCUGGAAUGGAGGAGCUAUCCGAGAUUAUGUCAGUGAUAUUAUGGACUAUAAUGUAGAAGAUAAAUCUCUAGAGACAGUGUUUGGACUGAUGAACAUUUCCCUAGUGUUCUAUGCAUGGUGUUUUUCUGGAAUCUUCAUCUUCACCAUUUACACUAUGAUACUGAUGUUUGAAGUGCAUUUGACUGAACACCUUGUUUUCUUAGUCUCGCCUGUAUACAGAAAUUCUGAUUGCCUUACAUUGCAUAAAAGUCUGGCUGUGACAGACAUCCCCAUUAUUCAGUACCUGGGUUUCCUAGAUCUUAAGAUUUUGGCUGAGAAGGACCACAGAAGAAGAGAAGAAUUGUUUACUUUAAGUCAUCCUGGUGGACAUCCUUACAAUUGGAAUGCUGUAGUAGAAGAAAGUUUAAAACUUAUAAGAAAAUUCACAGAAGACAUAAAUAAAGCAAAUACUGAAACACAACCUGUACCAGAAAGCAAAGAUUAUUUUUCUUCGAAGAGUUCUGUAGUUGUCUCAGCUGGAAACCACAGUACUUCAAUAUCUGGAAUGAGAAACAUGUCCUUGAGAGUUCAGAAUAUGUCUGAUAUAUAUCUCUGUCAGUCUUCAUCAAAUAUUGCUCAAUUCCAGUCACCCCCAGUCAGCAUAUCUCAGGAAUCUAUAAUUAGGACUAUCAAAUUGCAUGCCACUCAAGCUUUGGAUGCAUUACGCAGAAAACCUGGUAUUUCUUUCAUAUUUGGUGAACUUCCUGAUGCUAAGGUGAGAUAUCAUUUGGCUCAGUGCCAGCCAGUGAUUUGGGCUGUCCAGGGAUUGUCUCACCUGGCAGCAGCAUCUUUCAAAGAAGAUAGUUAUGGGGUUGUGCAGAAAGAUUUGCCAGCCAUCAUCACAUCUUUAUUUCAGUUGAAACAGGCUUUGGACAAACUUCAGAAGAUGGGAAAUUAUAAGAGGUCUCAAAGAACUGAGCAUCACAAUAUAAAAAUGAAGGCUGCUUUACGAUCUGCUGUGAAGCGGAGUCUGUAUUGUAUCUGCAUUACAUUUGGUGAUCAUGUGAAAGAACUUCCAUUAACUAAAGAUAUUUUACAGCAACUUCAAGAUUUCUUAAUUUUUAGAGAAGGGUGAUGAUUGUUCACUUUGAAAAAGCACUGGACAAGAAUUAGAGGAUGAUGAUAAUAAUAAUAUUCUAUGCAGUAAUAAAUGUUAAUGCUUUUCUGUGGCUCUGUAUAUUUUUUUUCAAUAUUUCUUGAUUUUUAGAGAAGGGUGAUUGUUCACUUUGGAAAAGUGCUGGACGAGAAUUAGAGGAUAAUAGUAAUAAUAAUAAUCUUUUAUGCGAUAAUAAAUGUUAAUAUUUUUCUGCAGUUCUCUGAGUGACUUUUGUGCAUGUUUUGCAAACAAGAGUGGCUGAUGUUUGUGUAUACCUUGCAAGUGGAGUCCACUGCACAUGGCCCACUGUGAACAUCAAAUGAUAACUAUAUGUUAUUGCAGGAGUACCGUGUAAGAUCCUUACAUAAUUUAUUUUUUCGGAGCAGGGGUAACAUGUUUUGAAUUAUCUCACUCAACUGUCAUUGUUUUCAGUUCUUAUCAUACUUUGUCCACAAGCUCUGACUGUAUGAGGCUUCAGUACAUGUGUCAAAACUAAUGUAUUUGUGGGUACAUAAGUGUAUUGUGAUUAAUUAGAUAACUGAACUUACAGAAAGGGACUAAAAAUUCAUUUAAAAUAAGUGGACAUUUCAUUGCUUCUGUUUUAACUGUAAAGAAUAGGAAUGUAUAAAGAACAGUCAAAGGUCAACAAAAGUCUAAGCUCACUUAUUUAGAAUGAGUAAAAAUUUGAAACUCAUGGAAGAAAAAGGCUCUGGAUUUGAAGUUCUCACAGCAGUAACUAUGAAAGUAUGUUCUUGGCUGUGAUGACGUGUAGUUUGGUAAGAGCCAGACCAAGAUACUUCCUCCAAGACUCUUGCUGGUUCUCUCUGAAUCCCCUUACAGACCCAUUGACUCUCUUGCAGUUCCUUUCUGGCCUGUAUGAGGCUUGGUUUUCUACACAUGAUUCAUUCUGCUAGCCUCCUGCUUCUUACUGGUUUCUUCCUUGGCUUACUGCACCUUGAAAAUGAAGUCAGCAUGUGACCCCAAAAUGUCAGUAGACUUCUACCAAACCACAUCAUAUUGCAACCCAGAAGAAUGUAUUGUUGCAUACCAUUUUUUUGUUUGUAAGGAAUUGUGUAUGGGACCCUGACAUGUGUUUUAUUUAAUUGGUAAACUGAGAUAACUUUUGUUGACCCUAGUU